AAUGCGGUGGUAGUAGUGACAUCUUCGAGAACGAAGAAGAAAUAAGAAUCGCGAGUCGAGAGCAUACGCGUCGAAUUCUUCGACGUUCUUUAUUAUCUGACACGAUGAUAGCAGUAGUAGUGACGUUUCUUUCUUUCGUCGUUGAAUCUCAUCGAACGAGACGAGGAGAGACAGAUGAACGACGUUGAUUUACGCGCGUGGACACUCGUGACACCACGUUGCUUGUCAGACUUCGCUUUUUACUUUUCGCUCAUUCAACGCGAACGAGCUAUUUCAUUGAUACGUGGCAGCUGUUACGAUGACGUGUGAAACGUCGAAGCGACUUGGUUAAAAGGACGAAGGACGAAGAAGUUCGCGCGACGAUAAUUCGAGGGAAACCGGAGGAGAACGACCAUCUGUUUUAUAAGCAUGUUCAACGUGACGAGAGAAAGGACGGAGGGAAAUCGUGAGACGUCGUAUGCGAUGAUUCCAGAUGGAAUAAUAUGAUUCGCAGCCGCAUACUUACACCGACCGAAAAUUUGCUUCGAACCAAGGCGCCAGCGUUUAGAAAGAUCCGCGGAGGACGAGUCGAUGCACGCGUUACGUCGAACAACCUUCCGACAAUCAUUACCGUUACGUCGUCACGAUGUGGAUUAAAGGCAAUUCGUUUUAUCGGAAGUGAUAAAAAAUAAAGAAACCGCCAUGUAUCAACUCCUGCAUCUACGCAGUCGUCCUAUGCGAACCCUUGCCUUAGGGUUGAUCGGCUUGACUUUCUACGCGUAUUACCGAACCACCUACUACGACGUCUCUGAAUACGCCGCGCCUCGGAAUAUCAGUCGACCUGCGUUCCAAGAGCUCUACAGGCAAGGAUCGAACGCGAGCACGGAGUACCGCGUAUCGCCUUCGUCCAAGAACAACUCUCCCGAGCCUUCUGCCGGCUUUUACAACGUGCAAAAUAUCAGCACGCUUUCCAGUUCCGUGGUCACGGUGCAGUCGACUUCUAGUUCACAAAUGUUUUCAUCCGCGAGCGUGUCGGUCGUCGUCAAAAAACAGAGCAGCGAGAAGAUGUCGGAAAAGACAGCGAACGAGACCAAGGACACCCCCCUACCUGGUACUAACGAAUAUUCCGCGAGGGCUAUCUACGAGGCUGGCCAUGCGGUACCGAUUCCGGAAAGGUGCCCUAACUUCGGUAGAGAAAUGGAUCUGGUCAUAAUAAUAAUGUCCGCGCCGACCCACCUGGACGCCAGGAUGGCGAUCAGGCAAACGUGGGGUCAUUACGGCCAAAGGAACGACGUCAGUAUAUUGUUCAUGUUAGGUGCGACCGUUGACUCGAAGGUGGAGAGCAUAUUGAAGAAAGAACAAAAGACUUACAACGAUGUGAUACGCGGAAAAUUUAUAGAUUCCUAUUCUAAUCUGACGCUUAAAACGAUCUCUACCCUCGAAUGGGUAGACAGUUACUGUUCCAAGGUGAAGUUUCUCCUUAAGACUGACGACGACAUGUUCAUCAACGUUCCGCGCCUGCAAGCAUUCACGGCGAGGCACGUGAAAGACAAGAACGUGAUAUUUGGUAGGCUAGCUAAAAAAUGGAAACCAAUUAGAAAUAAAAAGAGCAAAUACUACGUGUCCCAAGCGCAAUUCAAACGCGCGAUCUUCCCGGACUUCACCACCGGCCCGGCUUAUCUCCUAUCCAGUGACAUCGUUCGUAAACUGUACGAUGCUGCGUUAGAUCAAACAUAUCUGAAACUGGAAGACGUCUUUGUCACUGGGAUAGUUGCGGAUAAGCUGGGAAUAAAGAGAACGCAUGCGAACGAGUUUUUAAAUAAGAAAAUAUCGUACAGCGCGUGCAACGUUCAACGAAGUAUCAGUAUUCACAUGGUGAAGUACAGCGAACAGUUCGAUCUGUGGAAGAAACUGCUCGACGGUAAAAGCAAGUGCAAAUGAUAGGUCGCUCAUCGAGUGAAUACUAGUUCAUCGAGUCGCAUGUCGAACGUAUAGAUUUGAAAUCUAGAAUUUUUCUAACGUAUUUUAUAAUAUUUUAAUACUCAUAUGAAUGCAAAACGCGGAGAACUUCCUAGUUGCACAAUUCUAUGAUCAUUUCGAUUAAGAUUUAAUUAUUCGUCGACGAAUGAUCGAUGCUCUCUACAGUGAAGAAAAUGGAUCAGUUUUUCGUUUAGCAGUGCCAUACGUGUAAACGAGUCUUCUAUUUCUUUUUUCUUUUUUUUUAUACGUAAGUAUACAGUAUGUCAUUAGCUUUCCUUUUGAAACUCUAUUACACGUUUCAUUGAGAUAGUCAUCGAAUAUUUUAAAGUUAAAAACGAUUGGGCGACCACGCGGAUGAGGGAACAUGUUCUUUCUCCGUAGAAAGAGAACAGGACAAAGUAUAAUGUAGGUAGUCAAUGCGUUCGAUAAGAGAUUAUGAUUACGUAUUAUGUACGAGUGCGUAGGCUUUCCAACUUCCACGAGAACCGAUAUCAUCGAUUUCUAUUUACGAUCCUGUAUUAUAUACCUAUAUAUGCAUGUACAGCUACCGUUCACUUACAUUCCAUACUCUUCUCGCUGACCUAUGCAUGCCAAUAGCAAUCCUAAAUGAUUUUUAUCUUACUUUUAUACUAUUUAUUCCGUUUCAAACGUCCUGCUAUUAAAUUACGCGUGCGAGGAGCACAGUGAGUUUUCCUAUAAAACCGCAUCAAACGUUGCGUAGCCGUUGUAUGUAGAUGCUGUGCGUUUCCACAAACGAAUCUUGUUACGAAAGUGACCAAAAAGGAUUCGAGACUACUUCUGCACUAUCAUUUUACAAUAUGUAUAAAGUUGUAACGAUGCUCGUCAAAUCUCCUAUUUUCUAUCGAUCUUACGAUCGUUACCAUUCGGUAUUUUGCACGUGUUUCAUGAACGUAAUAAACAACUAACAAAUCGUUUAAUAUACAUACCAGUCGUGUAUGUAUCUCACGUGUCAAAAUUGAUAAAACCGAUUAAAUUUAUCGAUACAAUCAUAAGAUAUCUGCCUUAUUUAUCGAUGUACAGAAAUUUCCGAAUAUGUGAACGCGAGACGUGAAGUACACGAAUAAAGUUUUCUCAUCAGUUUUUGUAA